AUGCCUGACCAUGCCAGCACCAGCCUCCCGCCGGAGGAGCGCGUCCGGAGGCUGAUCCAGGUGGGAAGCACCGUGGAAGUGAAUGAGGACAUCCCCCCACGGCGCUACUACCGCUCCGGCGUGGAGAUCCUGCGCAUGGCCACGGUGUACUCGGAGGAGGGGAACAUUGAACAUGCCUUCAUCCUCUACAACAAGUACAUCACGCUCUUCAUUGAGAAGCUGCCGCAGCACCGCGAUUACAAAACCGCCGUCAUCCCCGAAAAGAGGGAAACAGUCAGAAAACUGAAGGAAGUAGCAUUCCCCAGAGCCGAAGAGCUCAAGGAGGAGCUGUUAAAGAGGUACGCCAAGGACUAUGCUAAGUACAAGGAGCAGGAGGUGAGUGAGAGGAGACUGGAGGCCUACUAAUUUGCACACAAUUUGGCUUUGCAGCAGCAGCUGGAAGAGGAGAAGACUCGGGUAGCCCUGAUGAAGCAGCAGCAGGCAGAGCAGGAGCAGUUUCAUGCCUUCGAGGAGAUGAUCCGGCGACAGGAGCAGGAGAAGGAACACCAAAGGAUAGUGCAGGAAUUUGGAAUGCCAGAGCCAAGUCCUCAGUCUCUGGAUGGACCCCUCAUCCCUGGCGUGGAAAAGCCCCCAACUGAUAUCAUCCCAAAGGUUCCAGUCUCUCCAGUUCACCCUGCAAGUCCAUCAGCAGGGACUGUCCCAUCCAAACCUCCUGUCGUGGACAGGUCCUUGAAACCAAUUGCUUUGGGGAGCACAGAAACCAACACAGGUGUGGAUGUGCUUCGCCAGGUCAUUGUCCCUAGGGAGCUGUGCCAGAAGUUCCUGGAGUUGGCUGAUGCCAACACGGUGCGAGGUGUGGAGACGUGUGGGAUCCUCUGUGGGAAGCUGAUGAGGAAUGAGUUCACCAUCACCCACGUCAUCGUCCCCAAGCAGCACGGAGGUCCUGACUACUGCAACACGGAGAACGAGGAGGAGCUUUUCAUGAUCCAGGAUCAGCACAGCCUCGUGACACUAGGCUGGAUCCAUACUCACCCCACACAGACAGCUUUCCUCUCCAGUGUCGACCUGCACACCCACUGCUCCUACCAGAUGAUGCUGCCAGAGUCCAUCGCUAUCGUGUGCUCCCCAAAAUACCAGGAGACGGGGUUUUUCAAGCUGACAGAGCAUGGCCUGGAGGAAAUCUCUUCCUGCAGGCAGAAAGGAUUCCACCCACACCCCAAAGACCCUCCUCUCUUCACGACCUGCAAUCACGUGUCAGUAGUGGAGAGAGACGUCGUCGUGAUGGAUCUCCGAUAAGCCUCUUGCCUUACCCCUUCACAGACACCACCCACCUUCCUUUAGGCCUAGGGAAUUGGGAUUUUUCCUCUUGUAGCAGAUGAUUUCUACCAUGUAGUGAU